AGCAGUGUUGGUGGAAAAUGCCGUAGAAGACGAAAUGCUGGAUUUGAGAACGAUGGCAGAUGCGGAUUUCGCUCAAGUUCCACCACUCCCUCCGCGAUACCGUUUCCGGGAUUUGAUUUGGGGAGAUUCGGCUCAACUGGACGAGGAGAGAGUUCGUGUGGAAUUUUUUACCAAUGAAAAGUCCUUCAAGGAACGCCUUCAGCUUUACUUCAUCAAAAACCAAAGAUCAAGUCUUCGUAUUCGGAUUUUCAACCUGGUGAUCAAGCUGCUGACAUGUAUUUUGUACGUGGUACGAGUCAUUAUGGACAAGAGGGAAUGCAAAUGCUCAGAGCUGGUGGUUCAUUGUCUAAACGACACGGACUGGCAAAUGCAGGAUGUCGACACCUUUCGAGAAAACCCUGUCAUCAAAUGGCAGCAGAUUCUGUGGGUGUGUCGACCUCCGGGGGUUUGGGAGUGUCAGGUUACCGUGGCGAUCAUCAGCCUGACAGAAACUAUACUUGUGCAGUACCUCAGCUACAAGGGCAACAUACUUCAGCAAAUAAUUAGUGUAGAAUUUAUUUUGGAACUCAUCAAUACCGUACCAUUUGUUGUCACAGUGUUUUGGCCACCGUUAAAACAGAUUUUCAUCCCCGUAUUUCUUAACUGCUGGUUGGCAAAAUCUGCCUUGGAAAAUAUGUUUAAUGACCUCCAUCGUGUGAUGCAGAAGUCACAGUCCGCUCUUGCUCAACAGCUUAUGAUCUUAUCAGCCACUUUACUCAGCCUGGUUUUUAUAAGCACAUGUGGUAUUCAACAUUUACAACGAGGAGGAAAUCGUCAGUUUGACCUGGUGGAUUCCUUCUGGUUUGUCAUCGUGACUUUCUCCACGGUGGGUUACGGUGACAUAUUCCCUGACAUCUGGCCUAGCCAACUCUUCAUGAUCGUCAUGAUCUGUGCUGCUCUUAUUUUUCUACCUACACAGCUUGAGCAGUUAGCGUUGACGUGGAUAGAGAGACAGAAGCAGGGAGGCACGUACUCCAGUCAUAGAGCUCAGACAGAGAAACAUGUGGUGGUCUGUGCCACAACUCUACAGGCUGACACGGUCAUGGAUUUCCUUAACGAGUUUUACGCUCACCCUAAAUUACAGGAUUAUUUUGUGGUGUUUUUGUCUCCGUGUGAACUGGACCCGACCAUGAAGAUGUUGUUACAAGUACCCCUCUGGUCUCAGCGGGUCAUCUACAUCAGGGGGUCAGCUCUCAAAGACUCAGACCUGGCCAGAUGCAGAAUGCAGGAUGCAGAGGCGUGUUUUGUACUGGCAGCUAGGAAUUACAUUGACAGAACUGCCGCGGACCAGCACACGAUUCUGCGUUCUUGGGCCGUGAAAGAUUACGCCCCUGAAUGUCCACAGUAUGUCCAAGUGUUCAGACCUGAGAACAAAUUCCACGUCAAAUUUGCAGAACAUGUUGUCUGUGAGGAUGAGUUCAAAUACGCUCUGUUAGCUAACAACUGCCUGUGUCCGGGGACGUCUACCUUGGUUACUCUGCUGCUUCAUACCUCCAGAGGACAAGAGGGUCAGACAUCUUCAGAACAGUGGCAGCGACUCUACGGACGGUGCUCUGGAAACGAAAUUUACCAUGUCAAUUUGGGGGACAGCAAAUUCUUUGGGGAAUAUGAGGGGAAAAGUUUCACGUUUGCUUCGUUUCAUGCACAUAGAAAGUAUGGGGUGAGUUUAGUGGGCAUACAGAAGGACUACCCAGGCUCAACCAUACAGCUCAACCCAGGGCCUCGACACAUCAUGAAGAAAUCAGACAUCUGCUUUUAUAUGAAUAUCACCAAGGAAGAGAACUCUGCCUUUAUUCUCGCCCACCCAAAUCAAGAGGACCCAAAAUUAGGGAGGACUAUGUCACGAAAAUCUCAUUUAAGUAGUCAGGCAAACUUGACUGGACAGCAAGAGCAGCCCUCCAGGGUGGCUAGCAUGAUAGCUAGUGUGGGAACGGUUGCCUUGGAGUUACAGCACACACGAGUAAAAACACAGAGUGCAUCUUCCCCGAGUUUGCUGAGCAAACAGACGGGGUCCAAGGCUAACCUGGAACUGCCCAAAGGGUUAAACAUUGAGAGUCUGCAGAAACGUCCCAGCAUUGCUCCGGUUCCUGCCGUGUUGGAAGCGAUCGGAUUUGAGCUAGGCAUGGACACAGACUCUGAGUCUGAUGAGAAUGACUCUAUGGAUGACGAGGAAGACUUGCCCUGGAUGGGAGGAGAUAUCGUGAGAGGUUUCCCGCCCGUGACCCCGUACAUCGGGACCAGUCCUACUUUGUGUCACCUGAUGAGAGAGAAACGAGCCUUCUGCUGUCUACAGCUUGCUCAGGCAUGCUCCCAUUGCAGUUUCAAGCAUGCUAAGGAGUACAAUUGGAAGAAUCGAGCCAUCAUCAUAACUGCUGACUACGCCAGCAGUGGCCUCUAUAACUUCAUUGUGCCCUUAAGGUCACAUGCCCGGCCCAAGAAUACCCUCAACCCGAUAGUGCUGAUGUUAGAAAGGAGCCCUGAUACUAGCUUCCUGGAAACUAUUUGUUUCUUCCCUAUGGUGUACUGGAUGAUUGGAUCCAUAGACUGCCUGGAUGACUUGUUACGGGCAGGAAUCAACUUGGCGGAUAAUGUGGUGAUUGUAAAUAAGGAGUCCUCAAACUCUGCUGAGGAGGAGACAUUGGCUGACUGUAACACCAUUGUGGCUGUGCAAACUAUCUUCAGAUUGUUCCCCUGUGCUAACAUCAUCACAGAACUCUCCCAGUCCUCUAACAUGCGUUUCAUGCAGUUCCGUGCCAAAGAUCUCUAUUCUUACACCAUCUCCAAACUGGAGAAGAAGGAGAAAGAGCGGGGAUCUCACAUUUCCUAUAUGUUCCGCUUGCCAUUCGCAGCAGGAAAUGUUUUCAGUGCCAGCAUGCUUGAUACCCUUUUGUACCAGGCUUUUGUCAAGGACUACCUCAUCACAUUUGUUCGGCUCCUGUUAGGGGUUGAUCAGGCUGUUGGCUCUGGUCAUCUGUCGUGUAUGCGAAUAACCAAAGACGACCUUUGGAUACGAACAUAUGGCCGUCUGUACCAAAAACUCUGCUCAACAACUUGUGAAAUUCCAAUAGGCAUUUACCGUUCUCAAAUUUUGGCUCCAACAAAUGCAGUAUCGAGAGCGAAUGAUGUCAGAGAUCAGUCAGCUCUUAACUUAGCUUUUAGAAAUUCAGUUGUAAGUAUUUUGUAUCAUGUCUGCUGUCAGUGUACCAUAACCUUUACUUGCCAGGCAAACUAUCAUAUUUUGAGUUGUUUUGGGGUUAUUCAGGUGUCUCUGAGUGUGACGGAUGAACACGAUGAUGUGAGGAGUCACCUAAGCCCUGAGCGUCAGGAGAUAAGCCAGCUGGUGCGCUGCCGCAUGACCAGUCUGGGCUUACCCCUGGAGGACUAUGAUGAUGUCAGUGACAAGAGGAACUCUGUGUCUUAUGUGAUAAUCAACCCCAGCUAUGACCUCCAGCUUGAACUUGAUGACAUUAUUUACUUAAUUCGCCCGAGUUCAUUGUCACCUCAACCUUCACCACUGAUUGAUGAGCGGAAGGCGCAAAUGCAGCCAAAGAGAAUGCGCAAGCGUCAAGAGCCAACAGGAGCAGACAACUCUGAAUCAGUGGACUGCUCCAAAAACAAGAGUUCUCCCCCUUCAACCAGCUCCAAGCCUUGUAAUGUGAAGACAAGACGUGUUGUCAAUGAUGGUAAUAGUAGGAUACCUGUUAUUUACACCGACGAUGAAGAUGAUGAUGAAGAGAAUGCUGACGAUGAAGCUGAUGAUGUCCCAGUAAAGGAUUCUCCUGGAUCUGGCAGUAACCCAGAAACACCCAAAUUUCACAUAGAAGACAUGGGUGAUCCCAUAGAGGUGGAGAAGGACCAGAGUGUUAUAGGUCUGAAGGGUACAGUUGUGUAGCUACAAACCUCAGCAGUUGACUUGUACAAAGUCAAAUUGAUUUCUGGCAUCAAAAGGGCUGUCUUUCCAACACACUGCUGAUAUUUUGAAGGAGAUGUCUCUAUUGU